AAGUUUUUUCAUCUCUCUCUAAUCUGAACCCAAAGAGGCUCUGCAUAUAAUCGGACGGAAACGGUGUUGGAUUCAGAGAAGGAUGGUGAAGACAAAGCACCAAACCGGGAAACCUAUGAAGAAGCAGCCUCGUGUCAAAAAGCACGGAAAGCCGGCAGAUCUUUCUCAGUUCCGUACUCAGCUUGAUGCAUUGGGCCUAAAAAUUGUCCAAGUGACUGCAGAUGGCAAUUGUUUUUUCAGGGCGCUUGCAGAUCAGUUGGAAGGAAAUGAAGAGGAACAUAAAAAGUAUCGCAGCAUGGUGGUAGAAUAUAUUUUGAAGAAUCGCGAAAUGUUUGAACCAUUUAUUGAGGAUGAUGCACCGUUUGAUGAAUAUUGCCAAUCCAUGGAAAAGGAAGGCACAUGGGCUGGACAUAUGGAAUUGCAGGCUGCUUCUCUUGUUACCCAUUGUAAUAUAUGCAUUCACAGAAAUAUGUCACCCCGAUGGUACAUUCGUAAUUUUGAUGAACGUGGAGCUCGGAUGGUCCAUUUAUCUUAUCACGAUGAAGAACAUUACAAUAGUGUGCGGUUAAAGGAAGACACUUGUGGUGGGCCAGCUAGGCCAAUCAUUAUCAAGGCGGAUGCUGAUCUUUCAGCAACAGCUCAUCAAUCAAAAGUUGCAGUCAAUCGAUCCAAAGGAGGAACGGGCGAGGGUUGUAUUCAUGCUGGAUCCGUCAAAAUGGUUAUGGCAGCAAGUGGAUGUCAAGAUUCUGAAAAAGUGAAUCAGGUUCUAGGGCAAGUAUAUGGUGAUGUUGAUCUUGCGAUAGAGUUUCUUAUAGCAGAACAAGGAACAGAAGACUGCUUGGUGAAAACUGAUUCAUUUCCUGGUGAAGUAGAUACUUCCAAUGGUGUAGAUGAAAAUGAAAAUUGCGAGCAACCUGAGGAAAAACAAGUAGAGAACAUCGACAAACAAGAUGUUUCCAGUAAUAGUGUUGAAAGAAGUCAUGAUGAUAGUAGUUCCCAGCAAGAUGACAAGAGGAUCUCAAGAAAUAAGGUCUGCCCAUGUGGUUCAAAGAAGAAAUACAAGGCUUGUUGUGGAGCAGUCGCUGGAAGAUCCUCUGCGAAGUUUGUUGUAAACCAUUCAAUUGACUCUAGAAAGGCUAGAAAGGAACGGCAGCAAGGCAAGAAAUGUGGAACUGCUAAAGCUGCACCAACUCAUGGAUCUGAUGGAGGGCCGCCUGACAUGGGUGCACUUUGUAUUUGAUCUUGAUCUGAAACUGAUAACUUCUGCUCUCACAGAGAGAGGAGCACCGGUAUUGCAGUUGAUGUGAAUAUCAGACGACCACUUAAACGUUUGCAUGCACAUCAGACCUGAAAAGAGCAAUCCAGUGACGAAUCAAGCUACAUAGUUGCAUCAUUAUCUGCACAGACCAAACCGGCUUGACAUGUAGUUGCUAAUUGUAUAUUGAGUUACUCCAUACGGCAUACGGGGGAAUGACAGAUCACCAUGGUGUUACAUGUUCAUAGAAGAAAAUAGUUACAUUAAAAAAUGUUGAAAAUUCGUGUUAACACCAUUAAAACGGGAUAAUUGAAGUGUAGAAAAUUUAAUGAAACCUCUGUUCCUAUUUCU